AUGGUAAAAUACAAUGAAUACAAACAAAUAAUGGAGGACUUGCAAACGAAAAUUAUCGAACUGGGCAACGACAAAGAUGAACACCAAGUUGUUCUAUCCACCCUUUCAGAGACUGAUCCUAGUAGAAAAUGUUAUAGAAUGAUAGGAGGGGCUUUGGUAGAGACGGACGUUAAAUCUACGCUGCCCGUUCUGAAAACGAAUGAAGGCAAUUUGACCAAUACAAUCUCUACAAUGAAGGCUGAAUUAAUAAAGACCGCCGACGAGUUCGAAAAAUGGAAAAAGGAUAACAAAAUUCAAGUCGUGAGGCAAUGA